AUGUCGCGCUCUCUGCCGAAGCGGAACAAUCCUCUCAUCCUUGCCGAACAGGCUCCUUCUUUCGAAGAGCUCCUCGCGCGCCGUCGUCUGGGAAAGACCAACCUCGCCGUCAAGGCCUCGUGGAUCGGUACCUCCAAUGCGACCAAGCCUGAGAACUUGGGUCUCUUCGAGUACGCCCACCUCCGGGCUCCGCUCCCGAAAGACCUCAAGGGCUCUGAGAUCUUCCCAUCCCACACCCCGCAGCAACACCCCGAGACAUACUUCCUGAUGCGGAGAAGCAAGGACGGCUAUGUCAGCGCCACUGGCAUGUUCAAGAUCGCAUUCCCCUGGGCCAAGCUGGACGAGGAGCGCUCUGAGAGAGACUACCUCAAGACCCGGGACAAUACGAGUGAAGACGAGAUCGCCGGCAACGUGUGGAUCUCCCCCUCUCUCGAGCUCGCCAAAGAGUACAAGAUGUACGACUGGGUUCGCGCGCUCCUCGACCCCACCGACAUUGUCCAGAGCCCUUCUAGCGCAAAGAAGCACAUCACACCACCGCCCAAGUUCGAGCUCCCGGAAUCGGACGCCGCGCCGUCUUCGAUCUCCGCAUCCCCGUCGCGCCGAAGCCGCCGGUCCGUCUCGCCCAGCAAGAAGUCUCCGUCCAAGGUGCGCGGGUCUCGGGCUAAGAAGGACGUCCCGCCUACGCCAUCAACAACUGCCGCCAAUGCCAGUCUCCAGUCGGCUCUGAACAUGGACGCAGAGUCUGUCAACGAAACUAUUGAGAGUGUGGAAGAGGACAUCGAGGUGAAGACCAGUGGAUCCCCGAAGAAGACCAAGGGCCGGAAAUCUAAGAAGGAUUCCACCGUGGAGCCUGAGGACAAGAAGGCAGAGAAGGCCGAUAAGAAGAAGAAAAAGGCCGAUAAGCAUGAUGGUGAGAAGGAGAAGACCAAGACUGAGAAGACGACCGUCUCAGCUGAUGCACCGAUCACCUUGCCCGAGGUCCCGUCUGCUGAAGAGACCAAGGAGAUGAUCGCCAAGGCGAAGGGAAUGGUCCAAGAAGCUAUCAAGGCCGAAGGGGCCGCCGUGAAGUCAGCCUCCGCCAAGGUCACCAAGAAGCGCAAGGGCGAAGACCUCAGCGAGGACGAGGAUGAGGAGACGGGAGCCGAGCGUGCGAAGAAGGCUAAGCUGCUGGAAGAUAAGCUCAAGCGCGAGCGCGUUCGCAACCGCGCGCUGGUUGGCGUUUCUGCCGCCUUUGCUCUUGCUGCUUCGAUCCCCUACUUCUUCUAA